AGCUAGCUAAAAUGCUACAGGGGAGCUCACUAGAAGGCUGCAGCGGAGCUCGCUGGCAUGCUACAACGGAGCUCGCUAAAAUGCUACAGCGGAGCUCGCUAGCAUGCUACAACGGAGAUUGCUUAAAUCCUAUACCAGAACUUGCUAUCAUGCUACAGAGAAGUUCACUAGCAUGCUGCAGCUAGCUCUCUAGCAUGCUGCAGCUAGCUCGCUAGAAUGCUACAGCAGAGCUUGCUCGAAUGCUACGCUGUCCACCGCUGGCUAGUGUAGCAUGUAAACCCACUGAAUCCCCACUUUUGUUGGUGUGGGCAAACACAGGUAGGACCACCACGGAAACUCCGCACAAACCCAUUCGGAACCCACAUUUUCUGCUCACUUUUAAACUAUAUGGGGCCCCUUGGCCUUGCUGGCUGGGAAGGAGCAAUAAUAAUAAUGGGAUUGAAAAAUGUAUUAAUGAAACAGAAAGAAAAGCUUGAACAUAAUCUUUAGGGCUCUGGGCAGAUAACAUUAUACAUGCUAGGGAUGAUCUCUGAAAAACAAACAAGCAAAAAAAACAAAACAAAGGCAAACAAUCUCUCUGUUCUCUCCAGGUUGCUCCAGUGACAUCAGUCCACCCUAAGAGUCUUCUCCCACCAUGACCACGGUCGCUCUUUCACCCAUAAGCCCCGAGUCCCCGUCCCCGAUGCUGACAUCCGUCACCCCGACUCUGGACCUCGGCCCCUCCAGGUCUUCUUCAGGAACAGUCGGCGCCCCCCUCACAGAUCUGGACCAGGAGGGUUCACUGGAAAAGACCUUGUUGACUAAUUCCAGCAGAGGCACCUUGACUGCUGGAGAACCCAACAAUGGGCAGGACUUCUCCAGGACAAAGAAGCCUCCGCCUCUCCACGCCGGAGCUGACUGGAAGGUUGUUCUCCACCUCCCAGAAAUCGAGAAGUGGCUGAGAGCGACCAGUGACAGAGUGACCCAGCUCACCCACUCUGCGAGUCAGGACGCUGACAACAGACACGUGGACGUCCACCUGAUGCAGCUCAAGGACGUCUGUGAGGACAUUUCCGACCAUGUCGAGCAAAUCCACGCCUUACUGGAGACGGAGUUCUCCCUGAAACUCCUCUCUUACUCUGUAAACAUCAUAGUUGACAUCAGGACGGUGCAGCUGCUUUGGCAUCAGCUGAGAGUGUCAGUUCUGGUCCUGAAGGAGCGACUGCUGCAGGGUCUGCAGGACUCCAACGGGAACUACACCCGUCAGACCGACAUCCUACAGGCCUUCAGCCAGGACCAGCACCAGACCCGCCUGGACGCUCUGACGGAGGUGGACGACUGUGGCCAGUUGACCAUUCGCUGCAGCCAGGACUACUUUUCUCUGGACUGUGGCAUCACUGCCUUUGAGCUGAGCGUUUGCAGUCCCAGUGAUGAGCCGGAGGUCUGCAGUGUAGAACCCAUGCCUGAAGACUCCCACAUCCAGGACUCAAACCAGAAGCCUCCUGUGAAUGAGGAGGGUGAAGGAACUGACCCACCACAGCCUGAACUUCCAGUCCUGAGCGCCUCCUCAAACCAAAACCACUCCUCCUCUGUGUUACCUACAGUGCAGUGCGGCAUGCCCAACCAGGGUGAAAGCUCAAAGCGCAUUCUGCAGGGGGGGAGUCACAACACAGACACGUCCCCCACACAUCCGUCGUUACCAAAGAGAGCUGCCUUGCUCAUCAACCAAGAAGCAGCAGACUCAUAUGGAGAUGCUGCAAAACCUCUCUGUGACGCCCAGAUUCAUGAGCUGAGCCGCAGCACCCCCUCUCUGGUGGAACCUCCGGACCGCUCCAAGUUCUGGCUGGAGCUGGACUCAGUUUAUUCGCAGAACGUGUCUCAGUCCUGUGAAAGCCUGCAGAUGAUUGAGCGGGGCUCCACAAGACGCUCUGCGAGCUCCACGCAGAGAGCACGCUCAGGAGGGUGCGGGCACAGACGGCUGCCGCACAGGUCAUCUGGGGUCAGACCCAGCAAGGGCCCCCUCGCCGUCCAGAGCUCAAUGUCUCAGGAGGAAGGAUCCAGCCAAAUACAGCAGAGGCAGAAGGAGGCACGCUUACGCAGCAAGGGAGACUCCGAGUCCUCCUCGCCCUCCCCCAUGAAGGAGCAGCUCCUUUCCUCAGACACGGAGGCGUCCCGAGAAGAGUCAGAACCUCAGCUGCACCCCAGCAAGGCAACAGUGUGGAUUGUGAAGCAGCGGGGAGAGGAGGCUCAGGUUCCAGCCUCAGACAGGCAGCACUGGUACGGUUCAGAGGAGUUCCUGGCUCUUCCUGCUCAGCUUCAUAAAACAGAGAUGCUCACGCUGAAACUCGAGAGUCUCACCAAGUCAAUCCCUCAUAGUUCUGGUGAUGGUACCCAGGUGGACCUGCAGGACGUAGAUGACUGGGAGCUGACGGAGCUGAACACGGACUGGGAUGUGGGAGAGAGUGGGGACAACCUGAGUGGGGAUGAUGCUCCCUCUCCACUGCAGCACCCUUACAGAAGGAAGCUGGUCAGCCGCUUCAGCCCCACCUCCUCCAGCGACAUUGCACCCUCACUGGAUGAAAGCUUGGAGUCCGGCCCCUUCAGUGACCUGCAGUCUGAUGAAGAUGAAGGAAGGAGGUCAGGGGAUCCAUGUCUUCAGCGGACAGCGCCCCUGGUGGACGGGCGUGGAUGUGUCGCUCUGGUGCAACAACUGCUGGAGGACAUUCAGAGUCAGAACAAAGAUCCUGACGUGUGGAUAAAAAUUGAGGGUUUCGUGCAGAAGUUGGACGGGUUCAUCUCAUGGCUGCAUGAGGCCCUGGGCAGCACAGAGAACUGGACCCAGCCCAGGCAGGAUUUGGAGAGCCUGAAAGCGUACCUGGACACUCACCUGAGUUUCAAGCUGAGCGUGGACAGUCACGGCGCUCUGAAGCUCAGCAUCAUGGAGGAAGGCAGAGCGCUGCUCGGCGUCCUCACCUCCCACCACUCGGCGCUCAAGGAUAUCCUCCAUAUGGUUUCCAGCCAGUGGGAUCAGCUCCAGCGGCAGAUCCGGCGCCAGCACGGCUGGAUGCUCCGCACCCUCCGCUGCAUCCAGGCCCGCCUCUUCUACACCAACCAAUCACAGGAGGUCUUAACACCUCUGUGGGACUCCUCAGCCAAUCCACGGCGCUCGUGCUCCGCGGAAGGCCAAGAGAUGGACCUGAUCUCCAGCCAGUUCAAAGUUCAGAGAGAUGCCCUGGAGAGGAUGGCCAUCAAGCUUAGCAGCCUGCAGUACCCUCCUCCCCCCAACAGCAGGCACAACAGCCAGGAAACCAGGAGCACCAGUCUGCAGGAGUUUGAGUCAGAGUACCAGGAGCUGUGGGAUUGGUUGAUGGACUUGGAUGCCAUGGUAACAGACAGCCAUCAUUUGCUGAUGUCGGAGGACCAAAGACUUCACCUCUUCAAGAGCAGCCACUGUGACAUGAUGAUGAUGGAGGGCAGGAGGACCGGGCUGCUGAGCCGAGCCGCUGCUCUGAGGAGGACAGGAGCCACACUCCCCCCCAACCUCCAUGUCAGGAUACACAAACUUACACAAACGUGGAAACAACUAGAGAAAGUCCUCUCUGAGCAUUCAGGACCACGUUCUUUUGAGCGGAAGCAGACCUUAAACGUGAACCCUCUGUUGGCUGGAGGCGGGGGCGUUCCUGCAGAAGAACUGCCCUCCGUCCUGUCCCCGCUCACCACCUCACUGCUGGAGCAGCUGGAGGCUCGCAUCAAGGAGCUGAAGGCGUGGCUGCGGGACACCGAGCUCCUCAUCUUCAACUCCUGCCAGAAACAAGACCAGAAUGUGUCUGAGCAGCUGCAGAGCUUCAAGUGUCUGUCCUCAGAGAUCCGAGCUCGGCGCCGAGGAGUGUCGUCUGUCCUAAAACUGUGCCAGAAGCUUCUCCUGCAGAGCCAGGCGGGCCCCAUGGCAGAGGUGGGUCCAGAUGCAGAGCAGCACCAGGAGGCCCUCCAGCUGCUGUCAAUCAACCUGCAGAGGAGGUGGGAGGCGAUCGUGAUGCAGGCGCUGCAGUGGCAGAACAGGCUGAGGAGGAAGCUGGGGGAGCAGCAG